AUGGAAAACUUAUCUGCAGUUGUUAUGUUUGCGUCUGAGGACCACGAAACAACCUACGUAUCAAACAUAACAGAUGUAGCUCAGAUGCUUUUAAAGAAGCAUGGAGAAAACUAUUUGAUUGUCAAUUUGUCCGACAGAAGAAAUGACAUGCACAAAAUGCAUAGACAGGUGAUUGAUUUUGGAUGGCCUGAAACACUGGCGCCUCCCCUGGAAAGACUGUGCAACAUCUGCAAGUGCAUUGAUUCCUACCUGAACGGCAACCAGAAGAACGUGGUCGUCAUCCACUGCAAGGGCGGUCUCGGCAGACUGGCUGUCGUCCUCUCCGCAUACAUCGACUACAGUAAUAUUUGCUCCAGUGACAUUCAGAAUCUGGAUCAGUUCUCAAUGAAGAAUUUUUAUGACAACAAGUUAGCCGGCUGCACGCACCCCUCGCAGAGGAGGUAUGUACAUUACUUUGCUGGUUUGUUGUCUGGUGGGAUUUCAAUCAACAACAACCCUCUCUUCCUGCACCAGAUCGUCAUCAGGGGGGUGCCCAACUUCGACGGCAAGGGGGGCUGCUGUCCCUACAUCAAAAUUUAUCAGGGCAUGAAGCCUGUGUAUGUCUCCGGUGUAUUGUUAGUACGUGCUGCCAACUUGAACCAAAUCAUCGUAACAUUGGAUCCCUGCCUCCAGCUAAGAAGUGAUAUCCUCGUCAAAUGCUACAACAAAUCAAGCAACUCCAGUGCAAACAGGGAGAUGAUUUUUAGAUGCCAGUUCCACACGUGCGCUGUCAACAACAACAAUUCUCUGAAGUUUGGUAAAACUGAUCUGGAUGAGGCCUGCCAAGACUCCAGAUUCCCGAGUCAUGGACAGGUUGAGUUCGUCUUGUCUGAGAGCGUUCACAAUUGGAAUAAGUACGAGAUAUCUGACACGGAACGCAACAUCUUGAUUGGCAACUCUCCUGAGUCCAUCGAACGCUGGAACUCUUACGAAAACUUUGCUGGCCCUCUAGAGGAUAUUACUUUUGAAAGUGGGCAUUGUUUUGUGUAA